UACUUUUACGAUGUGGACCAAACAACCAGCGUAAUUGUGGUGACGUCACUGUUGUAUUGUAAACAAACCGAAUCCUCAGCCGAAUGAACGUUGAGAUUGGUGUUGUCGCACACUUGUUGCUCCCAGCCCGAAAAAACCCGAGUGGCACUCACUCGUCGCUCUGCCGAAAGUGACACAACGCAAUCGAAAGCAGAAAUGGAUGCCCAUCCGAUGGACGAUUUUUGCGGUUCCAGAUUUUGGGACCUGAACCUAACUUGGCAUACGGAAGAUCCUGACUUGACGCCAUGUUUCCAGCAGACGGUGCUUGUGUGGACGCCUUGUGCAUUCCUCUGGUUCUUUUCCCUUAUUGAGCUUUACUAUUUCCGAAACAGCCGGAAUCGCAAUGUGCCCUGGAGUACAUUGAAUAUCACUAAACUUGCUGUCGUUAGUACAUUGAUUGCGCUAACCGUUGUUGAUCUUAUCAAGGCGAUCUCAACGGACGGACCGGUGGCGCCGGUCUACUUUUACACUCCAGUGAUAAAAAUCGCUACUUUUGCUUAUGCAGCAGGUCUCAUAUACUUGAACAAGUUGUAUGGAAUGCGAACAUCCGGACUGAUGUUCCUCUUUUGGGGUCUACUUGUCAUCUGCAGUAUUCCACGUUGCCGAACAGAAGCUCGUGCCCACCAGGCUCGACAGGAAGUAGAUUCCUGGGCAGAAUAUCAUUUUAUUAGUUUCGUCAUUUUCUUCGUUGGUUCGUGCCUGAUGUUCCUUCUGAACUUCAUCAUCGACAAACCACCGCAACAGGCGAAGUACGAAAUAACGGACAAGGAUUGCCCGGAGCUAUCGGCCACUUUUCCGUCGCGGCUGGUCUUCGGAUGGUUCGAUAAGCUGGCAUGGACCGGGUUCAAGAAACCUCUGGUGAACGAAGAUCUGUGGAACAUGAAACCGGAGGAUGCUUCCAAGGAGGUGUCGCCAUUGUUCAUGAAAUAUUGGAACGAAACUCUGGCGAAAACUUACAACGUUCGAGACGUUAACGAUGUUACCAGCACCGCAACCUUCAAGAAGCAAACUGCCCGUGUAGAUUUUAAAACGAUCAAAACCAAGAAAAUUGCGUCAAUUCUACCAGCUCUCAUAAAAGCGUUUGGGCCAACGUUUGCAUUCGGAUCGUUCUUGAAACUAGGGCAAGAUGUUCUAACUUUUGCAUCACCGCAAAUUUUGAGGCUUAUUAUAAAUUUCGUCGGAAGUGAUGAACCCCUGUGGAAAGGCAUCUUCUAUGCACUUUUAUUGUUUGUCGUAGCCGGAACGCAAACCCUAUUCUUGGCCCAAUAUUUUAACCGGAUGUUCUUCGUUGGAUUGCGUAUUCGUACAGCUCUGAUCAGCGCCAUCUACAGAAAGGCCUUAAUCAUCUCUAACAGCGCCCGUAAGGGUUCGACUGUGGGGGAAAUAGUCAAUCUGAUGGCCGUAGAUGCCCAGAGAUUUAUGGAUUUGACCACGUAUAUCAACAUGCUGUGGAGUGCUCCGCUGCAGAUUGCUUUGGCGCUGUUUUUCCUGUGGGAAAUUUUGGGACCUUCGGUGCUAGCUGGUCUAGCGGUGAUGAUUAUCCUGAUUCCCGUGAAUGGCGUCAUCGCCAAUAAAAUCAAAACGCUACAAAUCAAGCAAAUGAAGAACAAAGAUGAGCGAGUCAAACUGAUGAACGAAGUGCUUAGCGGAAUCAAGGUCCUGAAACUUUACGCCUGGGAACCAAGUUUUGAACAGCAAAUUCUGCGGAUUCGCGACAAAGAAGUUAAGGUGCUUAAGUCGGCUGCCUAUCUGAAUGCUGGAACAUCAUUUAUUUGGUCGUGUGCCCCUUUCCUGGUUUCACUUAUCACCUUCGCUGUGUAUGUCCUGUCCGACGAAAAAAAUGUGUUGACCCCCGUGAAAGCAUUCGUGUGCCUCACAUUGUUCGAUAUCCUAAAACUUCCCCUGGUGCUCCUACCCAUGUUGAUCGUCUACAUGGUAGAGACCAGCGUGUCCGUGAAGCGUAUCAACAAAUUCCUUAACCAGGAAGAACUCAACCCGGACAAUGUAACCCACGACCCAAAAGAAUCUUGCCCUCUGGUUAUUGAAGAUGGCGUGUUCUCAUGGGGCGAGGACGAAACCACUCUACGCAACAUCAACAUCAAGGUGCAGAAGAACGAACUGGCUGCCAUCGUUGGUACAGUCGGAUCCGGCAAGAGCUCUGUGCUGUCCGCGUUCCUGGGUGAGAUGGAUAAAAUUUCCGGCCGAGUCAAUACGAUAGGGAAGAUUGCCUACGUCAGCCAGCAAGCGUGGAUCCAGAAUGCCACACUGCAGGACAAUAUUAUCUUCGGUAAGGCCUUGGAUACCAAACUGUACAACAAGGUGAUAGCUGCCUGUGCGCUGAAGCCGGAUAUCGAAAUGCUACCCGGCGGAGAUCAGACAGAAAUCGGAGAGAAGGGCAUUAACUUGUCAGGAGGGCAGAAGCAACGUGUUUCGUUGGCCCGAGCAGUUUACAGUGAUGCGGAUGUAUACUUUUUGGAUGACCCGCUAAGUGCAGUAGAUUCUCACGUCGGAAAGCAUAUUUUCGAACAGGUCAUCGGAGAAAACGGACUGCUGGCGAAGAAAACUCGAGUACUGGUGACGCAUGGUAUUACGUAUUUACCGAACACAAAUGUCAUCUAUGUCAUGAAGGAUGGCGAAAUAUCUGAGUCUGGUUCGUACCAGGAGUUGAUGGAGAAGAAGGGAGCGUUUGCAGAUUUCCUAAUCCAGCAUCUACAGGACGUGAAUGAGGAAGAAGAGGAUAUCGAUGAGAUCAAGGCGCAGCUGGAAUCGAACGUUAGCAGCGAAGAACUUAAGCAUAAGUUUGAACGUGCCAUCAGUAAACGAUCGAGAAGUGGCAGUACGUCGUCGGAAAAUGAGUCGUUUUCGCGGAAAAAUUCCGACAUCAGCGGCAGCCAGAGUAGUCUGAGGCGAAGAACCCCAGAGAAGAAGGUACCCGAAGAGCCACAGAAAAAUAAACUCAUUGAACAGGAAAAAUCUGAAACCGGAAGUGUAAAAUGGGAAGUCUACAAACACUACCUGAAAAGCAUUGGAUUAACGCUCUCGGUAGCCACCGUAUUCCUGAAUAUGAUAUUCCAAGGUUUUUCGAUUGGGUCCAAUCUAUGGCUAUCAAAGUGGUCUACGGACGAAUCAGCAGAAAAUGAUACCAGCGUUCGGGACAUGUAUUUGGGAGUUUACGGCGCCUUCGGUGCUGGACAAGUAUUUUCGGUACUUCUAUCCACGUUGGCCCUGUACAUUGGAGCGCUGAGCGCAUCCCGCAUCUUACAUAAGCAGUUGCUUCAGAAUGUCCUCCGGGCACCGUUAUCAACGUUUUUUGACGUGACACCGCUCGGCCGGGUGCUGAAUCGCUUCAGCAAGGACGUCGACACGACCGAUACCGACCUGCCAGCCACGCUCCGUGCCUGGAGUGCCUGCUUUUUUGGGGUGGUAGCCACUUUGGUAGUAAUCAGUAUCUCGACACCGAUUUUCGCCGCUGUUAUCGUACCGAUCGGUAUCCUCUACUACGCCGUGCAACGCUUUUAUGUAGCCACUUCACGGCAAUUGAAGCGCCUGGAAUCGGUGUCACGUUCGCCCAUUUAUUCCCAUUUUGGUGAAUCGAUCCAAGGAGCGCAAACCAUUCGGGCCUACAGCGUCCAAGACCGGUUUAUCGAUGAGUCGGAAUCGCGUGUGGACUUCAAUCAGGUAUGUUACUUCCCGAGCAUCAUCGCCAAUCGCUGGUUGGCCGUUCGGUUGGAGAUGGUCGGAAAUUUGAUCAUUCUGUUUGCGGCGGUAUUUGCUGUUCUGGGACGGGAAACGAUGAACCCAGGCUUAGUGGGUUUGUCCGUUUCGUAUGCGCUGCAGAUUACCCAAACUUUAAAUUGGUUAGUCCGCAUGACUUCGGAUGUCGAGACAAACAUCGUUGCUGUAGAGCGAAUUAAGGAGUAUGGAGAGACACAGCAGGAAGCCGCUUGGGAGCUUCCGAAUAGCAACUUGCCACGUGACUGGCCGGAACAGGGACGUGUCGAGUUCCAAGACUUCCAGGUGCGCUAUCGGGAAGGUCUCGAAUUGGUUCUUAAAGGUAUCUCAUUUGCUGUGGAAGGCGGAGAAAAGGUUGGCAUCGUUGGUCGAACCGGUGCCGGAAAGUCCAGCUUAACGUUGGCGCUGUUCCGAAUUAUUGAGUCAGCCGGUGGAAAGAUCGUGAUUGAUGGCCAGGACAUUUCCCAGCUCGGUUUGCAUGCUUUGAGAUCACGUUUGACGAUCAUUCCACAAGAUCCAGUUCUGUUUUCUGGAACUCUACGGAUCAAUCUUGAUCCGUUCAAUAUUCAUAAGGACGACGACGUUUGGAAAGCGUUGGAGCACGCUCAUCUGAAAUCGUUUGUUAAAGGUUUGACGGCUGGUAUCAACCAUGAGGUGAGUGAAGGUGGAGAAAAUUUAUCUGUUGGUCAACGGCAGCUGAUUUGCCUCGCUCGAGCAUUGCUGCGCAAAACAAAAGUACUUAUUUUGGAUGAAGCUACUGCCGCAGUAGAUUUGGAAACUGACGAUCUUAUCCAGAGAACAAUCCGCACCGAAUUCAAGGACUGCACCGUCCUGACGAUAGCCCAUCGACUCAACACCAUCAUGGAUUCCGAUAAAGUAAUCGUACUAGAUAGGGGACAAAUUUCCGAGUUUGCUGCACCAAGUGAACUGCUUCAGAACAAAUCGUCGGCUUUCUACAGCAUGGCUAAGGAUGCCGGAUUAGUGUAAUUAUCUAUUGUUUCAUUUUGUCGGUUGACGAGUGUUUCUACUAACAGCCUAGAAGAUACGGUUUCACUUUCGUUCAUUACCAUUUUUGGUUACUAAUGAUUUUUUAUCGUCAUUCGUGUCGACCGAGAUCAUUUGUGCAUUUAUUUCACAGCAGUAAUCGGCUCAGCAUACUUCAAUAUCAUAAAUGUACUUAUCAAACGGGUAGUACUUUCAGUAUUCGAAAUUUUUUCGAAAAAUAGAAAACGAAUCUUUUGAAUCAGCUGCAAUACCGGUACAUCAUACUUAAUUUCACAUCUAAAACGUACACAUAGUUUACGUGCAUGAUAUUUUACUAUGUUAUACUUAAAAAGUGAUACUUAUAGUUACGAGCAACCAACAUCUCAAUGCCAAAAUAUGCAAACACAUUUAGCACUAAACUAAGUAACAGUAUACCACAUAGAACUCAUUUUGAAAGAUCAUUAGAAAAAGUUUACAAAAUGUGUUCAUUGCAGUUCAUAACAUUCGAUAUAUAAGAUAGCAUAGAACAUUCUGGUAAUAUUUCUUUCCCAUUCCACUAGCAGAAGACGUUCAAGAAUGAACAAAGAAAACCCUUGAAGACUCAAGAACAAAUUUAUUUCAUUUCGGCCACAUAACCAGCGUUGCGAAGAAAAGUUACUUAUUUACUUAUUCAAGAUCUUACAGUUUUUUUAGCAUCAUGGCAGAAAUGAGUUAGUAUCAGGGAUCAGAAUGUGCGUAGAAUCGUGCAUCACCUCGAACUGUACGAAACCAGGUACUAUUGUACGGUGACCCGUGUUUUGUAUUGUUUGUUUUCAAAGUGCCUUUGUCGAAGCAUUACUAUUAGGUUAUAAUAGAUGUGUAGUAACAUAAAAUGUCUCGUAUCAAGUUCAUACUUAAUAUAUUUGUUUGAUGGCA